AUGGAUGCCGUCGAUGCCUCGGCCCACUACGAGGUCACCGCCUCCGAGGAGACGCCCUCGCUGCUGACCAUUGUGCUGGACACGAACCCACGUGCCUGGGCCGCCCUUGCUGCCGUCUUGCCGCUCAGCAAGGCCGUCGCCAACAUCCUCGUCUUUGUCAACUCCCAUCUGGCCCUGAGCAGCACCAACCGGGUGGCUGUGGUAGCCUCGCACUGCAACCGUGCCGUCUGGCUGUACCCAACGCCGGCAGGUUCCAGCCUUCUCCCGAAAAAGCCGCCAUCUGACGGCCUCGACGUCGACAUGGCCGACGCCCCAGCCUCUCAUCCGCAUCGUCCUUCGCAUCCCGAUCCGGCCGACCAGUCUGGCCGCUCGGCCAACAAGUUCCCACAGUUCCGCGAGAUUGAGACUACUCUGCUCCAGUCCGUCCACGACCUCGUCAGCAGCACCGCCGCCGCCGACCUCGACGAGACCACCACCCUGCUCUCGGGCGCCCUCACUCUCGCCCUCGCCCACAUCAAUAAGACCGCCCUGACGAUCCCGGCCGCUGCUGCUGCUGCGAACGACGGCGGCUCCGGUGGAAAACGCUCACGGCCGCGACCCGGUGGUGUUCUCGCCGGCAGCGCCACCAGCGGCAACGCCAAAAAGACCGGCACCUCCGCCGGACUUGCCGACAGCCGCUCCGGAAAAACGGACCCCGUCGACGACGUCGGCCUGCACGCCCGCAUCCUCGUCAUCUCCGUCUCCGACUCAUCACCCGCUCAGUACAUCGCCACCAUGAACGCCGUCUUUGCUGCUGCCCAUGCCGGCGUCGCCAUCGACGUCCUCGCCCUUCGCGGCGCCGCCACUUUUCUGCAGCAGGCCGCCUACAUCACUCGCGGCACUUUUGUCCGUGUCGGCGCCGACCAAAAACACGGCCUUCUCGCCUACCUCAUGCUCGCCUUCAACGCUGCCUCCUCCCACGAUGUCGCCCAGCAUCUCGUCGCCCCCAGUGCUGACGCCGUCGACUUCCGCGCCGCCUGCUUCUGCCAUCGCCGCGUCGUCGACACCGGCUUCGUCUGCAGUGUCUGCCUCAGCAUUUUCUGCGAGGUCCCCCCCCGUUCCGAUUCUUCUUCUGUCACUGCCACAGACCUCCCUACCGUUGAGUGCCUCACCUGCGGCUCGCUGCUCCGUCUCGGUAACUACGGCGCCCACCCGGCCGUUGUGCCCCGGCCCAAGAAGAAGAAAAAGCGGAGGCUCGGCCCUGGAGGACGUGAGGACACCGGCAGCACUGCCGGUACGCCGGCAGCAUAA